AUGACCACACUCACGAUGAUGACGUGCCGUCUGCUGUGCGCCCUGUUGGUGCUCGCCCUGUGCUGCUGCCCGUCCCUGUGCGUGACAACGACUGGUGAAGAUCCAAAUGCGGGCAGUGGUUCAACGUCCCCUCAGCAACCGGGAAAAGGUGUUAUGGGGCAAGCAAAUACUUCCACGACUUCAAGUUCAACUGGUACGGAAGUUACUUUAUCGGUAACCGAAAAUCCGGACAGUAAAGGACAACCAUCAGACACGAGGAAUAAUACCGGAAGAGGUAAGGAAUCCGCUCCGGCAGGGAAUUCAGGUCCAACAAGUCCGGCGUCUGGUACAGAACAGGGACAGGAUGGAUCCGGUAGGUCAGGGAGUUCAGUUACGGCGGCCGAUGCGGUACAGAAAAAUGGUGACAACGAUAGGACAGACUCAACAAGUGGCAAUAAUUCAUCCACGGAACAAACAAAUACGAAUGUCGACGAUCCGGCCGAGAAGAGCACGGCGACCACUACCACUACUACGACAAGCACGACGACCACUACAACACAGGCACCAAUUACUACGACUACGGAGGCGCCAACUACAACGACGACCACUCGCGCACCGUCACUUCUUCGCGAAAGCGAUGGCAGCCUCAGCAGCUCUGCGUGGGUGUGUGCCCCGCUGCUGCUCGCCGUAUCCGCGCUGGCGUACACCACUCUGGGCUGA